UCUCGAACAUUCUUUCACUAGUUGCAGUUUUAAUUUGAAGUCAAAAUCGCAAAUCCAUUUUCUGCUAAUUGCUUCUCUAUAAUCUCUCAACUUGGGAAAUUAAUCUCUACUUUCGAUCUCUAACUUGUGCAGUAGACGAAUCGCAGCGUCUCAUCUCAUCCCCGUUCUUCUCAGAGGAACUGCUGAACAAGGGAAUGAGCUUAAACUUGCUGAUUAAAAUCAACGUUAUUACAACAAUCAGAUCUUCUGUGUGAGUACUCAUUUGAGUGAUUGAAAGGUUUAAUGACCUGAACUUGUUAGUUGUGACGAGUGGCACAGAUUGUGUGCUGGACUGGUAUACAUUAAUGUCCAAGCGUCUGUUCUUAGGCAGAUUUGAAUCCUCAGUAAAAGCCAAUAGCAGAGGAGCUCUGUAGUUACUGUCGAUUUUAACUUCACGCUAAGCAACCGUUGGUUCGUCCUGUCUUUUAGUGAUCUCUUCCGAGAGAGUAGAAUAUGGAGGGAGGAACAAAGAUAUACCACGAGAGGCAAAGAUUACAGUUCUGCCUCUUACAUUCCCUCAACAAUCUCUUCCAGGGGAAAGAUGCGUUUACAAGAGCUGAUUUGAAUUCCAUUGCUGAGAAACUUGAUAUCGAUGACCCUAACAGGGGAAGCUGGACUCCUGUAUCAGUUGUUUUUAAGCCUCAUCAUAAUGCAAUAACCGGGAACUAUGAUAUAAACAUAUUGAUUGCUGCACUGGAACAGAAAGGCAAAACUGUUGUUUGGCACGAUAAGCGAAAUGGGGCUCCUUCAAUUGUUCUCGAUGAUCGACUGAUGGGAAUUGUUCUUAAUGUUCCUGUUAGAAAGUUUGGUGGCCUUUGGAGAAGCAGACAUUGGGUUACAUUAAGGUGUAUUCAGGGGGUUUGGUAUAAUCUGGACAGUGACUUUGCUUCUCCUUAUGCUUUUAAAGAUACCCAAGAAGUUGGGGAGUUCUUGGAUGGUAUCAUUGCUGCUGGUGCUGAGGUUUUACUGGUAAUGAACGAUAAAUAAUUAGUCGUAAAAUGUUCUGAACUGUGAACUGUAGAUAUACAUGUUGUACUAUCGAGGCUGUACUUCCCAAGUGUGCUAUUAAUGUCUAUGAAGGGGAGUUCUUGGAUGGUAUCAUUGCUGCUGGUGCUGAGGUUUUACUGGUAAUGAACGAUAAAUAAUUAGUCGUAAAAUGUUCUGAACUGUGAACUGUAGAUAUACAUGUUGUACUAUCGAGGCUGUACUUCCCAAGUGUGCUAUUAAUGUCUAUGAAGAUGGACAUGCACUCUCUUCAUUCAAAAUUAUAGUUGAACUUUUCAGUAUAGACA